GCUGUAUGAAACGCUGCUUUUUUUCUCAUGUUUUGCUGCUUGACCAGAAUAACUGAACUUUAUCUGUGUCAUAGUGCAAAAUGAUGCUGUAAAAAGAGAUAUUGUGUUCCUGCUGGAUGGGUCUGAUAACACCAGAGACGGAUUCACAGACAUAAAGAGUUUUGUUAAAAACAUAGUGGGGCGCCUCUAUGUUGACGAGGGCUUUGACAGAGUGUCUGUGGUUCAGUUUGCUGACAGACCCUCGGUCGGCUUUCAUCUAAAUUCCCACAAGACAAAGAGCGACAACAUGAACGCCAUUGAUAACUUAGCGCACAAAGGUGGGAGGCGACUCAAUGUCGGUGCGGCUCUUCAGUUUGUAAGACACAGGGUCUUCACCUCGUCCACAGGCAGCAGGAGGCUGGAAGGAGUGCCUCAGACUUUAAUCCUCCUGACUAGCAAACCGUCUGCAGACAGUGUGAAAGGACCAGCAUUUGCCCUGAAAGAACAUGAAAUUGUGGCAGUCGGGGUUGGAGUGGCAGACGCCAACCUUGCAGAAUUGGAAAUGAUUGAAUUUAAACCUGGCUUUGCAUUCAAGGUCACUGACUUUUCCAGUUUAAACUCAAUCCAAACACAAGUUCUCUCUGCACUGAACAUACACCAAGACAAUCAGGAAACCAAGAAUGGGAUUUCUGACUUAGUAGUUGAGCUAGAGUCUCCUGAAAGAGACAUUGUGUUUCUGUUGGACGGCUCCGAUGACACGCUGAGUGGUUUCCCAGCGAUGAAAACGUUUGUCCAACAAGUAGUAGAAACCCUCAGUGUUGGUGAAAACAAAGACCGUGUUUCUGUGGUUCAGUACAGCCAAGAUCAACAAACACAUUUCAGUCUGAACACCUACACAGACAAACAGGCUGUUCUGACUGCAGUCCGACAGCUGGACCACAGAGGGGGCCAACCCCGAAAUACUGCUGCAGCCCUGGAGCAGGUGAGGAGGAACGCUUUCGCAGAAUCCUCAGGGGGUCGGUACAAGGAGGGCGUCCCUCAGAUACUGAUUCUGUUGACUGGGGGAAGAUCCAGAGAUGACGUCACAAGAGCUGCUGCCGAUCUGAAAAAGGAAAAAGUUGUUCCUUUCUGCAUCGGAACAAAAACUGCUGACAUUUUAGAGCUCCAAUCGAUUGCUCACAACCCGUCCUAUGCCUUCUCUGUUCUUACAUUUGAUGACAUUGGAAGCAUUCAUCAGCAGCUUGUGUCUUUGGUGCAAAGGGUGCCACGGCAACAACCCAGAGAAAAAGCACUUCACGCUUUAGGUUCCACACAACAAAGAGAGUUCAUGCAACGAGACAUUGUGUUUUUAAUGGAUUCCUCUGAUGAAAUGUUGAGUGACUUCACACAAGUGCUUGGUUUUGUUGAGCACAUGGUGGAGAAACUCACUGUGGGUGAGAGGAAAGAUCAAGUCUCUGUGGUUCAAUACAGCAAUGAACCUUCUGUUGAGUUUCUCCUGAACACACACCAAUCACAGCAGAGCGCUGCCGACAGUUUAAAAACCAUCAGACACAAAGGAGGCAGGUUGCGCAACACAGGUGCAGCUCUGAAUUAUGUCAAGGAAAAUGUUUUCACACCUUCCUCUGGAAGUAGACGCCAACAAGGAAUCCCUCAGAUCCUGGUUCUUCUGACUAGCGGACGGUCAAAUGACGAUGUCAGGAACGCUGCGGAAAAACUAAAAGAAAUUGGUGUGAUGAUGUUUGUGGUGGGAAUAAAGAAUGCUGACAUCCUUGAGAUGCAGUCCAUUUCCCAGGAAGCCAGUCAUGCUUUCCUUGCAGCAGAUUCCAGUGACAUGUCAGACACUGAACAAGAAAUCCUCACAUCCAUUCAGACGGGUGAGAAGUAUGUUGCCACAACAGCGUCAUAUGAUCCCAGCAGCAGAGACAUUGUGUUUCUGAUUGAUGGCUCUGAUGAUUCUCAGCGAAGAUUCCCAGACAUCACAGAUUUUGUCCAGAGAAUAGUGAGAGACUUGAGCGUCGGUCCCGACAGCGACCAUGUGGCUGUGGUCCAGUACAGCAGCACCGCUGAGAUUAAUUUUAACCUGAGUCGCUAUGUGACUGAGGAUGAUGUUGUCAAAGCGGUUGAUGGUCUGACUCACAAAGGAGGUUAUCCUAAAAACAUUGGAGCUGCUCUCCAGUAUGUGAGAGACUAUGUCUUUACCCCAGAGUCAGGAAGUAGGAUCCAGCAGGGCGUCCCUCAGAUACUAAUCCUGCUGAGCGGAGGACGAUCUGGGGAUGACAUUAGAACCUCAGUAAGGUUGCUAAAGGAAAUGGGUGUUUCUAUAGUUGCCAUUGGGACUAGUGAUGCAGACACCUUAGAGCUUCAGAUAAUAUCUCAUGAACCCAGAUAUGCACUCUCUGUUACUGACUAUGAAGAACUUUCCACUGUCAAGCAGGAUGUGUUGUCUUUGUUGAGAGAACCUUCCCGACAUGUGGUGCAUUCAGUAGCUGUUGAUUCAAAGAAAAGAGAUGUAGUGUUUCUAAUUGAUGGUUCAUAUGACUCAAGAAAUGGCUUUGAAGAAAUUCGAGCCUUUAUUCAAAGAAUUGUUGAAAAUUUAAACGUGAGUCAUAACGGAGACCAAGUAGCUGUUGUUCAAUACAGCCGUGACGCCACAGCUAAUUUUUACUUGAACUCCUAUUCAUCUAAGAGCGAUGUGCUCAGUUCCAUUAGAACGAUGAGGCAUAAGCUGGGACAGCCUCUGAACAUCGGUAAAGCACUGGAGUUUGUCAUGGACCAUGUCUUUGCUGCUUCAGUGGGAGGCAGAGGAGCCGAUAUGGCUUCUCAGCAUCUGUAUUUGUUUAGUGGUGGUAGGUCUGGAGAUGAUGUUAGAGGACCAGCACAGAUACAGAAAGCCAAGGGGAUAAAGACUUUGAGUAUUGGAACAAAGAAUGCUGAUACACUGGAAAUGCAGACAGUGGCUUACACACCUGGACAUUAUUUUUAUGUUCCAAACUAUGAAAACCUGCAAACAAUUUACACAUCUGUGGAAACCAAACUGAGGGACUCACAAGAAACCACUGAGUUCAUAACUGACACUCCUACAGAUGUAGAAACAGAACAUCAGAAAGCUGAUAUUGUUUUCCUUGUUGACGGAUCCGAUAACAUGCAACGUAAUGAAAGACUAAUUUUGGAGUUUGUGACAGACUUUGUCAAUAAGUUAGAAAUUGGGCCAAGUAAAGCACAGGUUGCUUUGGUCCAGUACAGCACAGAACCCACUGCUGACUUUACCUUGAAUAAAUACUCAAUGAAGGAGGACAUCUUGAAACACCUGAGUAAUGUGCAACUGAGAGGAGGUGGCUCAGUAAACACCGGCAGAGCCAUUGAUUUUGUGAAGAAUACAGUCUUCACUGCUUCAUCUGGAAGCCGGCUCCAGCAGGGAGUCCCACAGGUACUGGUUCUUGCAAGUGGGAGAAAGUCUGAGGAUGAUAUCUUACAGCCAGUGGGAAUGUUAAAAAACGCUGGAAUUGUUCUACUUGCUGUCGGAGUGGACGGUGCAGACAGGGUUGAGAUGGAGCAGUUGGCCCCAGGGGCAUGGUAUUUUCUCAGGGAGUCGUCUGAUUUUCCGCUGGUGAGACAACAGCUGUUGUCAGCCACUGCCACAAUCAGAGGCUCUGUCAGCCCAGGGAUUGGUUCAAGUUCCACAAUGAAAAGAGAUAUUGUAUUUCUCAUUGAUGGAUCCGAUAACGUCAGGAACACGUUCAGCAACAUUCGUGAAUUUAUUGCAAACCUGGUUCAAAAUUUUGAUUUAGACCAUGAACAGGACAAAGUUGCAGUUGUGCAAUAUAGCAACAAUGCUGAAAUCGGUUUCAGUCUCGAUUCCUAUGCCACAAAAGAUGACGUUCUCCAGCACAUUGCGAGCCUUAAGCCAAAAGGCGGCCGGCCUCAGUAUAUUGGGGCAGCUCUACAGUUUGUAAAAGACAAAGUUUUUGUCUCAAACGCUGGUGGACGAAAAAAUGUAGGGGCCAAGCAGAUACUUGUUGUACUGGCCGGGGGAAGGUCAAGAGAUUCACCACGGGGCCCGGCAACAGCACUAAAACGUAACGGCGUUGUCAUGUUGGCAGUUGGAUCAAGGCAGUCGAAUUCAGCUGAAAUGCAGGCCAUUUCAUCUGACACAGACAACACCUACUCUGUCCCUGACUUUGUAAAUCUGCCUCGUAUUCAACAACGUCUGAUGAGGCGUCUUACUGGAAUGAAGAGUCAGGAGACGACAGAAGUGGUGAGACAGCAGCCAGCAGGAAGGGAUGUGGUGUUCUUGCUGGAUGGAUCUGACGGCACCAGAACUGGCUUCCCAGCAAUGCGAGACUUUGUCCAAAGGGUAGUAGAGACACUCAGUGUAGAUGACAACAAAGACCGUGUCUCAGUGGUUCAGUACAGCAGGGAUCCAGCUGUCCAGUUCUAUUUGAACACGUACACGACAAAAGGCCAGAUCCUUGAUGCCGUCAGGGGUUUGAGGCACAAAGGCGGAAGACCCCUCAAUACGGGAGCAGCGCUCCAGUACUUGAGGGAUAACGUUUUCACUUCCUCUGCCGGAAGCAGGCGGCCGGAAGGAGUUCCACAAGUCCUAGUGUUGCUAAGCGGCGGAAAAUCAUUCGACGUUGUUGACGCGCCAGCCGCUGCCCUCAAACAGAUGGGUGUCUUGAUCUUUGCAAUUGGAAGUAGAGGCUCUGACAGCAGAGAAUUACAGAAAGUGUCCCACGAUCCCAGUUACGCUCUGUCUGUGUCCGAAUUCACUGACCUUCCCAGUGUCCAACAGCAGCUUCAGGCCUCUGUGGAGGCUGUGGUUGUUGACCUCACCCCUGAGUCACCAACUGUACUCGUUGACACUGCCAAAAAGGAUAUUGUAUUCCUCCUCGAUGGUUCUGACGGCACAAGGAAUGGCUUCCCGGCCAUGCGGGAUUUUGUCGAAAAAGUGGUGGAAAAGCUCAAUGUGGGAGAAAACAAAGACCGUGUUUCUGUGGUCCAAUUCAGCAGAGAGGCUGAAGUCCAUUUCGAUCUAAACACGCAAUACAAAAGAGGAUAUUGUGGAUGCGAUCAGAGGGCUUAG